AUGGCCGAGGGCUCGGAGAAGGUACCCAUCGCCCGAGCGGGGCCCGAAGACGUGGAGCAGGGCCUGCCGCCCGCGUACACGGCAGCAGUGCCCCCUCCAGGGCCAGGGCGGCUGCUGAAGGCAGGGGCCACAGUGCUCAUCGCUGGGGCCCUUCUGCUGCUGGCUGGGGCCAUCGGCGCCUUCUACUUCUGGAAAGCCACCGAGAGGCAGGUGUACAACGUUCACUAUACCAUGAGCAUUAAUGGAAAAGUGCAGGACGGAUCGAUGGAAAUAGAUGCCGGGAACAACUUAGAGACAUUCAAAACAGGAAGCGGGAGUGAAGAGGCUGUCGAAGUUCAUGAUUUCCAGAUUGGCAUCACCGGCAUCCGAUUUGCUGGAGGAGAGAAGUGUUACAUCAAGGCCCAGCCCAAAGCUCGUGUGCCUGAGGUGGAUGCCAUGACCAAGGCCAGCCUGUCCUCUGACCUGGAAGAUGAAAUCAUGCCUGUUAGAUUUGAUGAAAACUCUCUUAUCUGGGUGGCUGCAGAUGAGCCCAUCAAGCACAACGGUUUCCUAAGCCCCAAAAUUUUAGAGCUUUGUGGGGAUCUUCCGAUUUUCUGGCUUCGACCUACAUAUCCCAAAGAUAAACAAAGAGAAAGGAGAGAAAUGAAGAGAAAUAAACGCCAGUCCGAGUCAAACUUCGACGCAGAAGACACAGCAGCUGCUGUUAAAGAAGUGAACACCAGGUCCACCCCCACCCAGCUGAUCCAAGAGCUUGGCCCCCAGCCUAAUGAAACCAGGCCAAUGCAGCAAGAAAGCGACCAAACACUUAACCCAGACAACCCAUACAAUCAACUGGAAGGUGAAGGGAUGGCUUUUGACCCCAUGCUGGACCACCUAGGCGUGUGCUGCAUCGAGUGCAGGCGAAGUUACACGCAGUGUCAGAGGAUCUGUGAGCCUCUGCUGGGCUACUACCCGUGGCCAUACAACUACCAGGGCUGCCGCACCGCCUGCCGUAUCAUCAUGCCCUGCAGCUGGUGGGUCGCUCGCAUCAUGGGCGUUGUGUGAGAAAGCUUUGGGCUCCUGGAAGAAGCCAGCAGGAGUCUGACAACGCCAAACUGAUGAAAGACUACGACCGAAGCAGCGUGGCCAAUCCUGGCUUCUAAAUCCAAACAGUGCUAAA